AAGACUAUUGAGAGUGAUCUUUUCUUUUCUGGGUAAAAGAAAAGAAUUAUUAAGCAAAUGUUACAAGAACAGUACUGCCCAUUACUUCACAGCCUGUAAGAAACAAUUUUUGAUACAAGCCGACAAUUAAGAGAAAAUUCCAAGCACCCCAUGUGGAAAAAAAUUUCUCCCUUUUCUACUCACACUUCCCCAGUUGUUCUGCUCAUGUUCUGAGCUCUGAGAGUUUUUUCUGAGUCUUGUUUGGUCCAAGUAUUGGUUGGCAAUAUGUGGGAUUCUGAGAGUGAAUCUGUUGGUGGCAGAGAUUAUGGCAAUGGGGUGCUCACCACUAGUAAGCAUGGAGUCAAGACUGAUGGAUUUGAACAGAGAGGCCAGUCUUGGUUUGUUGCAACUGAUGUUCCAAGUGAUUUUUUAGUUCAAAUUGGAGAUGUUAGUUUCCACUUGCACAAGUAUCCAUUGCUUUCGAGGAGUGGAAAGAUGAACAGACUCAUAUAUGAAUCCCGCGAGGUAGAGUUGAGCAAAAUAGCUUUGGAUGAGCUUCCUGGUGGACCGGAGGCUUUUGAGCUGGCCGCAAAAUUCUGCUAUGGAAUUGCUGUUGAUUUAACGGCAACAAAUAUAUCUGGCCUACGGUGUGCAGCAGAAUAUCUGGAAAUGACUGAGGACUUGGAAGAAGGGAACCUUAUAUUCAAAACGGAAGCUUUUCUUAGUUAUGUGGUAUUGUCAUCAUGGAGAGACUCUAUACUAGUAUUGAAAAGCUGUGAGAAGUUAUCACCAUGGGCUGAAAAUCUCCAGAUUGUAAGGAGAUGUAGCGAGUCCAUCGCGUGGAAAGCUUGUGCCAAUCCAAAAGGAAUACGAUGGCAGUAUACAGGGAAGCCCCCAAAAGUUUCUAGCCCAAGUUGGAAAGAAAUGAAGGAUUCAAGCCCAAGUAGAAACCAGCAAGUCCCUUCAGAUUGGUGGUUUGAAGAUGUUUCCAUUCUUCGCAUUGAUCAUUUUGUUAGAGUCAUUAAUGCAAUCAAAGUAAAAGGAAUGAGAUUUGAAUUGCUUGGCGCUUCACUUACGCACUAUGCAGUCAAAUGGCUCCCGGGGUUCAUGAAAGAUGGAUCGGGGCCUGUGGUAGAUGAAGGAAGUAAUAGCAGCCAUAGUAAUAGUAGUGGCAGUAGUUGGAAAGGGGGGCUUCAUAUGGUCUUAGCAGGAACAAAAGAUGAUCCACCACCCAUUCACACAAAAGAUCAACGAAUGAUUGUUGAGAGCCUGAUAAGUAUAAUUCCUCCACAAAAGGAUAGUGUUUCUUGCAGUUUCCUUCUUCGGUUGUUGAAGAUGGCAAAUAUGUUGAAAGUGGCUCCAGCUUUGGUUACUGAACUGGAGAAACGGGUCGGAAUGCAGUUUGAACAGGCUGCAUUGUCUGAUCUUCUCAUACCGUCAUACAGCAAAACUGAGAGUACUUAUGAUGUGGAUCUUGUUCAAAGGCUUUUGGAACAUUUUCUUGUUCAAGAACAAACAGAAAGUUCCAGCCCUGGUAGGCAGUCAAUGUAUGACGGGACUCAAAGAGGCAGUAACCCGAAUGCUAAAAUGAGGGUUGCAAGGCUUGUCGACAGUUACCUUACUGAGGUUUCCAGAGACAGAAACUUAUCGAUGACCAAAUUCCAGGUACUAGCAGAGGCUUUGCCAGAAUCAGCGAGAACUUGUGAUGAUGGACUUUAUCGAGCAAUUGAUUCCUAUCUUAAGGCUCAUCCAACACUCUCAGAGCAUGAAAGGAAACGUUUAUGUCGUGUGAUGGACUGCCAGAAGCUAUCCAUCGAUGCUUGUCUGCAUGCUGCUCAAAACGAACGUCUCCCACUAAGAGUUGUGGUACAAGUUCUCUUCUCAGAGCAAGUUAAGAUCAGCAAUGCUAUAGCGAAUAACUCCCUUAAAGAAGCUGGAGACACUCAGUAUCAGCCAAUUGUCUCAAACAGAAACACAUUACUUGAAGCAACUCCUCUGUCAUUUCAAGAAGGAUGGGCUACGGCUAAAAAGGACAUCAACACUCUCAAGUUUGAACUCGAGACUGUUAAAACAAAGUACCUUGAGCUCCAGAAUGACAUGGAAACAUUACAGAGACAAUUUGAUAAAUUGGUGAAGCCAAAGCAUACAUCAGCUUGGACUAGUGGCUGGAAAAAGCUGAGCAAGAUGACUAAGAUGACCAAUUUAGAAAACCAUGAAAGUGGAUCUCAGAAUAUUCCAAAUGCAGAACAUACUAGAAAGACACCUAGAAGGUGGAGGAACUCCAUUUCGUAAGACCAUCCAUGCCCAUAUGUGCUGUCAGACCGAUUUUCGAAUGUUAUCUUCUAGUUUGGUUCCUUCUUGCCUUUCUGUUCUUUUCUUUUCAGUUAACAAUAUCCAGUGUUUCUGUUCCCCCCAAUUUUUUACGCCAUAUUUCUUUUAUCUUUGGUUAAUGAUUUCCUAUUUGUAAUUUCCUUCAUUACUGAAGUGUUUGAUAUUGAUAAGCUUUUACAAUGCUGUAAUCAGGUUCA